AUGGGUAAUGGAAACUCGACAGAUGUUGGCGAUAAUUAUAAUCUUAUCAGCACCAUUCGGCGUAAUAGUAAAAAGCCUUACACACAACAAGAAUUUCUUUUUGUCGACGGCAGAAGAUUUCAUAACGAAAAUGAUGCAAGCUACGUUCUUCCAAAUGAUGAUAAGGAAGUCGAUAGAUUACAAAUGCAGCAUUACCUAAUGAAACAUGUGUGGGGUAGUAAUUUCUCUUCUCCUAUCGAAACAAAAUUAAAACAACAUGGAUCUAGGGAAGCAGGAAUAGGAACAUUAAAUCAAGGUCCAGCACAGAAAUUACUCAUGGAUGCCGUCAAGAAACUUGUUAAUUCCAAUAAUUUAGUCUUUGGGGUAGAUAUUUAUCAAAAGAAUUUUGAGAAUCAUCCAGGUUUAAUAGAUGUUAAAUUAGAGAAACGCGAGUGUCUAUUGGGAAAAUCGGGCGGUAAACUUGGCGAAGUGUGUCGAGAUGAUUUUUCAACUGGAUGUGAAGCUCUAAAUGAACAGUUGUAUCUCGUUGGUACUACUUUGGAUAUUCAUUGA